UCAGUUUAGUGUUACACUUUCUGCUGCCCCUCCGGAUAAAGCGUACACAAUGGCAGUUUCUGACCUUUCUAAAACUCUAAUUUUCACGAUAAAUAAUAUUUUACAACAAGAGAAGUACAAGACUGCAUUGGCUGUCAUCAAAGGGUUCAGGAAUGGAGCCGUAUACGGAGCGAAAAUCAGAGCACCACAUGCCCUGGUGAUGACGUUUCUUUUUAGAAGUGGGAGCCUGAGAGACAAAGUGAAAGCCAUUGCCCAGGCAACAUACACACACUCUCGGAACCUGGCCUGCUUCGUGUUCAGCUACAUGGGACUCCAGAUCCUGCAGCAGCGGCUCCAGGGGAAAGCCUGCCAGUCCCAUUCCUUCCUUGCAGCCUGCCUGGGAGGGUGGCUCGUCUUUGGGGAGAACAACAACAUCAACAGCCAGAUAAACAUGUACCUUUUGUCCCGGAUCCUGUUUGGGCUGUCGCGUCUAGCUGUGGAGAAAGGUUACAUCCCCCAGCCAAAGAAGGACCCCUUCCCCUUGUUCGCAGCACUGGUCUGGGGCAUCGUUCUGUGGCUCUUUGAGUACCACCCCCACACUCUGCAGCCCUCGCUCCAGUCCUCCAUGAGCUACCUCUACCACGACAGCAAUGUCUGGCACGAUAUCUCUGACUUCCUUAUCUACAACAAGCCCAGAGCAGGGGCGCAGCAAUAAUGGAGCCUCGACCCCUUCCUCUCAGGAGAACCCACAUACCAGGAUGCUAUCCUUCCAGACUGCAAUGGAGAUAAACCAGCCUUUGUCCUGGAGGUACUGCUGCUGUAUUUUGAAGAAACAGUUAGUGUGGGACUGAAAGCUGAAGGUCACUGUUAGCAGGAUUUGAUAUAGGAAUUCUAUUGCAUAGUGGUUUUACUAUGAACGAGCAACAUGCUUUUUUCAGAUUCAAGUGUGGUUCAAAGUGAAACCCUGAGUAGCUAAAACUGAUAUGCAAUGUCUUAUUUUUAAACAUGUUUAAUGACAGUAGUUUUUAUUUUGUUUCAAAUAUCUUUCUGUUCGUCUUAAUGGAAACUUAAUAAAAAAGAAAAAAUCUAAGUUCCUAAUCUGAUUGUUGGUUACCAGCUUUAUUGUAGGUGCAGUUUUUUCUAAUGCUUGUGAUCCUUUUUAAAUUAUAUUUUAAUUUAAAUGUAUUAAAGUGAACUGUUUAAUAAUA